AUGAGAUUAGUGAGGAUAACAUCAAUUCUUGCAAUAUGCACAACGAUAACAAAUGCAAUACCCACGUUAGACAAACGUCAAGAGUCGGUAGGAGGGGGAGCAUACCCAACCUUCAAUGAUAACCUUUUUGAACCUUUCGUAGCAUAUGAACCUACACCUGAACCCAUAACGAGAUAUUAUAAUUUAACAUUAUCUCGCAAAGAAUUAAAACCGGAUGGAUUCACGAGAAUGGUUUGGACGUCAAACAAUCAAUACCCUGGUCCAAUUAUACGUGCCAAUAAAGGGGAUAGGAUGAUAAUUAAUGUUCAGAAUGACUUGGAUGAUGGAACCACGAUUCAUUGGCAUGGACUUUUUCAGCAAGGGACUACCUAUUACGAUGGUGUCGCAGGACAGACUCAAUGUAUUAUUCCAGAUAAUGAAGUAUUUGUUUAUAACUUCACUGCGGGUAAUCAAACAGGAACUUAUUGGUGGCACUCCCAUUUUCUUGCUCAAUAUGUGGAUGGGCUAAGAGGUCCGCUAAUUAUUCACGACCCAAAUGAUCCUUUCCUAAAAGAUUACGAUGAAGAAUUUGUAAUGACUUUGUCGGAUUGGUACCACACACCGUCGGUGGGUCUAAUAGCGAUGAUGGAUACACCCGGCUAUGAUGCCGGAAAUCCCAUCCCUGAUUCGGGGCUUAUCACCGGUAUUGGAAGAUACGAUUGCAAUAAUGCGCCUCCAGGAUCAAAAUGCGAGCCAAACAAUCCGCUUGCCGUUUAUCAAGUCCAACAAGGAAAGCGAUAUCGUCUCCGUAUCAUAAACACAAGCGCGGAGGUAACUUUCACCUUUUCGAUCGACGAACAUCCUUUAAAUGUCAUCGAGUGUGAAGGUGAAAACCUCAAACCGGUCAUUUUUAAUAAAAUCAAUAUCGCUGUCGGACAAAGAUACUCGGUGAUUAUUACAGCGGAUAAAGAAAUUAAAAAUUAUUGGAUUCGUGCCGAAAUCGUGCACGAAUGUAUAAAGGCUUAUACAACUGAAUCAAAAUUAAACCUAAACGUUACAGGUAUAUUAAGAUAUCAAGGUGCACCCGAUGCGGAUCCAACUACGCUAGAUUGGAAUGAAGAUACAGUUAAAUGUCGAGAUAUCGAUCAUAACCUAUUAAAAUUAUAUGAACCUAGACCUGCUCCGGAACCUGUAACAGAUUCAUUCACCUUCCAUAUUACAUUUGGACAGAAUGAAAGGAAUGUUUUUAAAGCUUUUAUAAAUAAUAGUUCUUUUGUCCCUGAUAUAUAUGAUCCUACCGUUAAUAAUAUCAUGGCUGGUGGAAAUAUGGAAGCCAAGGAUUUGGAACCGAAUCAAAAUGCUUUUCUUUACGAUACUGAAAACGGUGUUGUUGAAAUUAUCAUACUUAAUGAAAACAAUGGCACACAUCCUUUUCAUUUGCACGGACACAACUUCUUCAUCUUGGGUCAUGGGGAAGGAAAUGUACCUGAUCCAUCUCAAUACAAUUUGGUAGACCCUGCUGUACGUGAUACUGUAACCAUUCUUGAAAAUUCAUGGACCGUAAUUAGAUUCAGAAUCGAUAAUCCAGGAGUAUGGGCUUUCCAUUGUCACAUUGAGUGGCACGUUGAAAUGGGCAUGGUAGGACAACUUAUCGAAAGGCCCAGUGUUCUAAAAACUAUGCCAAUACCACCAGGAGUGUUGGAAUUGUGCCCGAAAACUCCCGCUCAAAAAAAUGCGGCAAGAAAAAGAUACGAAAGAAAGCGUAGUAAUUAUCAUGUAGAAUUUACACAAAGAAACAAAGAUGGACGAUUCAAUUCAAUCGAAGAGGAAUAA